UGGGAUUCAAAAUUGAGAGACAAAGCCCUCCAAUCCACGGUAACUGUAAUAGCCGUCAAAAUGGUCCAAACCAACCAAUUAUAAAUAGAUUUCGCAGAAUCAGCCACCGGAGCCCAUGGAGUCCAAAAGAAGCUGCCUGAGCUGAAGAUUCAAAGCUUGUUUUCUCCUCUGUGUUAAUUGGACGAACUAAACCUCUCUGUUCAUUCUUCAUUGCUCACGUUUCCUUGUUUCUGGUAAUAGUAGAACAAGUGAAGCGCAAUUAGAAACUAUUGUAUCAGAUCGAGGACUUGGAGGAGGCCGAUUCUUUUCAUCUUCUGACUCCGUUUUUAUCGCCAUUUGUCGUGGCUUGAUUUCUGUGCCGAUCUUGAAGCUGAAGCAAGAUCUAGAGUUGUUGUUUUUCUUUAAUAGCUGUAGAUCUUGAAAUUGAAGGUCGGAUGGAAAGUUAUUUGAAUGAGAAUUUCGGGGACGUGAAGCCGAAGAACUCGUCGGAAGAAGCGCUUCAGAGAUGGAGGCGGCUUUGCUGGUUGGUGAAGAAUCGUAGAAGAAGGUUUCGAUUUACUGCUAAUCUCUCUAAACGAUUUGAGGCUGAUGCUAUUAGACGCUCCAUUCAGGAGAAGUUCAGAGUUGCAGUUUUGGUUUCACAAGCAGCGCUUCAGUUCAUCAAUGGGUUGGAUUUGUAUCCUGAUUACGUUGUGCCUGAAGGGGUCAGACAGGCAGGUUUUCAAAUUUGUGCAGAUGAAGCAGGCUCCAUUGUUGACGGCCGUGAUGUGAAGAAGCUGAAAAUUCAUGGGGGUGCAGAGGGUAUUGCAACUAAGCUUGCUACAUCAACGGAGACGGGCAUUUCUACUACAGACCAUUUGAUAGAGAAAAGACAAGACAUUUAUGGAAUUAACAAAUUCACCGAAAGCCCAUCUCGAGGAUUUUUGCUCUUUCUUUGGGACGCUCUCCAGGAUACAACUCUAAUGAUACUCGCGUUCUGUGCUGUAGUUUCCCUUCUUGUUGGCAUAGCGAUGGAAGGAUGGCCGAAGGGUGCUCAUGAUGGGCUCGGCAUUGUUGCGAGUAUCUUACUUGUUGUAUUUGUCACUGCUACCAGUGACUAUAGACAAUCGCUUCAGUUCAAGGAUUUGGACAAGGAAAAGAAGAAAAUUGCGGUUCAGGUUACCCGAAAUGGGUUGAGACAAAAGAUUUCUAUAUACGAACUUCUUCCUGGUGAUAUUGUUCAUCUUGCCAUGGGUGAUCAGGUACCAGCAGAUGGACUUUUUGUUUCAGGGUACUCUCUUCUGAUAAAUGAAUCUAGUUUAACAGGUGAGAGCGAACCAGUUAACGUAAGUUGUCAAAACCCUUUCCUCUUGUCCGGAACAAAGGUUCAGGAUGGUUCGUGUAAGAUGGUUGUGACUUCUGUAGGCAUGAGAACCCAAUGGGGAAAACUGAUGGCCACUCUAAGUGAAGGAGGAGACGACGAGACUCCUUUGCAGGUAAAGCUAAAUGGGGUGGCAACAAUUAUUGGUAAAAUAGGCCUGUUUUUUGCUGUCAUAACUUUCGCUGUAUUGGUUCAAGGAUUGUUCACUCGCAAGCUACGAGAAGGGUCUUACUUCAGCUGGUCCGGAGAUGAAGCAAUGGAAGUUUUGGAAUUUUUUGCUGUUGCCGUAACUAUUGUUGUGGUUGCUGUGCCCGAAGGGCUGCCUUUGGCAGUGACACUGAGCCUUGCUUUUGCUAUGAAAAAGAUGAUGAACGAUAAGGCACUUGUCAGGCACUUAGCUGCUUGUGAGACGAUGGGAUCAGCUACUACUAUUUGUAGUGACAAAACUGGGACAUUGACGACUAACCACAUGACUGUUGUGAAAGCCUGCAUCUGCGGUAAGGUCAAGGAAGUUGGCAAUUCUAGUAAGUGUUCUGAUUAUCGUUCAGAACUUCCCGACUCCGCUGUUGGUAGUUUACUGCAAUCGAUAUUUAACAACACCGGUGGAGAAAUCGUCAAGAACAAAGAUGGCGAGAAUGAGAUACUUGGGACGCCCACCGAAUCUGCUCUUCUGGAAUUCGGCCUUCUGCUUGGUGGGGAUUUUCAGAAAGAACGCCAAAAGUCAAAGAUCGCGAGAGUCGAUCCCUUCAAUUCUGUGAAGAAACGAAUGGGUGUUGUUUUGGAGCUCCCAGCCGGUGGCUUCCGCGCACACAGCAAAGGUGCUUCAGAGAUCGUUUUGGCUUCAUGUGACAAAUUUCUUGACUCGAACGGUGAGGCAGCUCCUCUCAAUGAAGAGUCCAUCAGCUUUUUGAAGGAAACGAUCGAAGAAUUUGCGGGAGAAGCUCUUCGAACAUUGUGCUUGGCUUACAUGGACAUUGAUGGUGAGUAUCAGUCUGAAAGUCCGAUUCCCAUGAGUGGCUACACGUGCAUAGGAAUUGUUGGCAUUAAGGACCCCGUUCGUCCGGGUGUCAAGGAGUCUGUUGCGAUUUGCAAGGCCGCCGGUAUAACCGUACGGAUGGUUACGGGAGAUAACAUCACCACCGCAAAAGCAAUAGCCAGGGAAUGUGGAAUCUUGACUGACGAUGGCAUAGCAAUUGAAGGUCCUGAAUUCCGUGAGAAGGAGGAAGAGUGGAGUGAAAUACUACCAAAAAUUCAGGUCAUGGCUCGAUCUUCACCAAUGGAUAAACAUACUCUUGUAAAGCACUUACGGACCACUUUUCAAGAAGUUGUUGCAGUGACUGGGGAUGGCACAAAUGAUGCUCCGGCGCUCCAUGAAGCAGAUAUUGGAUUAGCUAUGGGCAUUGCUGGGACUGAGGUGGCAAAAGAGAGUGCUGAUGUAAUAAUUCUCGAUGACAACUUCUCUACAAUUGCUACUGUUGCCAAAUGGGGACGUUCAGUUUACAUAAACAUCCAGAAAUUCGUUCAGUUUCAGCUAACUGUGAAUGUGGUUGCACUCAUCGUCAAUUUUUCUUCAGCCUGUUUGACAGGAAAUGCUCCCCUCACUGCUGUGCAACUGCUAUGGGUCAAUAUGAUAAUGGAUACACUAGGAGCACUUGCAUUGGCAACUGAACCUCCUACUGAUGACUUGAUGAAGAGAUUGCCAGUUGGUCGGAAAGGGAAUUUCAUCAGCAACGUGAUGUGGAGAAAUAUCUUGGGGCAGUCAAUAUAUCAGUUUGUAAUAGUUUGGUUUCUCCAGACAAGAGGGCAGGCUCUUUUUCAUCUUGAUGGCCCAGACUCUGAAUUGAUACUGAAUACACUGAUUUUCAAUGCAUUCGUCUUUUGUCAGGUUUUCAAUGAGAUAAGCUCAAGAGACAUGGAGAAGAUAAAUGUGCUUGAAGGAAUAUUGAAGAACUAUGUCUUUGUGGCAGUUCUCGCUUGCACUGUACUUUUCCAGAUCAUAAUCAUCCAAUUCCUGGGAACAUUUGCAAACACCUAUCCUCUAAACUCCCAGCAAUGGUUUGUCACCGUGUUGUUUGGAUUUCUUGGCAUGCCAGUUGCAGCAGCGUUGAAAAUGAUUCCGGUAGGAUCACACUGAAACCGGUAUCUUCUCAACUUAGAACUUUUCCAGCCGAAAAUUCAAGAUUCUUUUCCCAAUUUUUUGGAGUCAUUACCUCACGAAGUUUGAUUUACGCUUACCUGAAUUUUAACCAUACCUUUUGUGAAUCAAUUAGACAAGCUACCAAAGCCUCGAGGUAAGGAUAACCUUGUCCAGCUGGAGAUCUUUCUUGUAUAUUUGGAGCCGGCUUUCCAUUCCGUACUAUGGUUUUAGAUUCAAGAUAAGACACAGGCCACAGAGGAGAGACUAAUAGAGAGAGAGAGAGAGAGAGAGAGAGAGUUCUUGGCGGUGCAGGGAACUGGGCUUAUUUGUUCCAGUUCACGAUGGUAUGAUUGGAAGCUGUGCCAACCAUUGUUUCUUGGUUCAAUUUGUUUGAGGGUUUAGAAAAUUGCUGCGGGUUUCAAGCUGUGGUUUUUGUUAAACCAGAAUGGGAUCUUCUAUGCAUUUAUUGAAUUCGGUGUAUUUGGAUUCUUCUCUGUGAUUUAUUGCCUAGUUGUUUACUUUGUGAUGAACAUCAUCGCUCAGAUGAUCAAAAUCUACAGCUUUUAGCAGGUUUUCAGCUACAUUUUCAUUGUUUCACCCAUGCCCCCUUAAGCUACGCUUGGUAUAAGUGAUCAAGGGAAUGGUAUUUAAGCUAUGCUUAGGCUGAUACAAGAAGAUGACUAGCCAUGGUAUUUGUAGUUGUGUAAAUGCCUGAACUUAGUCUGUGAAAGUUGUAAGGAGUCCUAAUGAACUAUAGUGACUAACUUUGAGAAAGGAUCAAACCAAAGAUGUAAAUGCUGAUAUGGAUAUUCUACCAUUUGAUUCCUCGACUAUUGUAUCAGUUGUCUUUCAAUGGUAAAUUGGGCCUUUCACUUUUCCUUGAGAGGAAGGAGGGCUCACCAGAUGCAGGAGCGUAGCAAAAGGCUGAAACAAGAAUGCACUUUGACAGAGAAGCCAAAUCUCUCUCUUUCCAUCUCUCAACCAUACUUCCGAUUGACAGCUCAAGCUUUUGGCACCGCCCAUACCCUUCAAUCAACAAACUAAAGAAGAAAGCAUUGCAAGGAGAAGGUUCCUUGAAAAAUAAAGCCUUUGUCACUUCAUCAAGAAACAUCACUCUCAAAGACUACUCAGUCAGUCAUCUUUUCUUUUGUUGUUUUUCUCUCCUUUGACAAAUCAUAGCCAAACUACUCCAUGGGAUGGUAUCAACACCCCACCUUCCAAAACCCCUUUGCCAUCACUGUCUGUAUUCUACAUUCAAGAAAAGAUUGCAGUCGACCAACGUAGCUUGUGAGUCACUUAGCCAGUGUUGGAUAUAAAAAUAUGGGUGUAGAAUUACAGUAGCUUUUGAUGGGUAUUCUUUUUAAAGCCAAUAAGGGGAAUACGCGUGUCAAGUUGCAUGGGAAAUAGGCAUCCUAUGCCAAAGAGAAAGAGAAAGAGAAAGUACCAUUGUGGUAGAAGUACUUAAUCUUCUUUUGCUAUGUGUUUUUUUGACUGCACAGCUUGGAUUCCCAUUCAGCAAAACAACAAUUCUACUGAUAGCUGCAAACAGUAUCCCUAGCAAUCUCUGGGACGUCAACCUGAUCUGACCAUAUCUCCCCCUUGCCUCCCAUCCAUAGGACUCCCUUUUUUGUUUGCUUCCUCUCUCUCUCUCUCUCUCUGGUUGGUGAAUGUGAAUGAAGAAGACUCUCUUUACCGUAGUCUUGGUAAAUGGGUAAAUCUGUAAAUCUGUUUGUAGUUUCAUCUUUCAA